AUUCGCAAACGUCAGCUUCGUCGCCAUAUUGGACCGGGCAACUCACUCUCUCUUGGAAAAAAAUGCCUGAUUCAUGUGUUGCUUGGGGCUGUAAAAACCGUCGCACAAUACAGACAAAAUCCCGGGGAAUUACCUUUCACAAGUUUCCCAAACCUAAAGCGUUGAGGAAGCAGUGGGAAAUUGCCCUAAGAUGGGAAGGUUUUUCCGCCAGCGAUUCUUCUGUGCUUUGCAGUGAGCACUUCAGGGAGCAGGACUUGGACAGGACGGGUCAGACCGUAAGGAUCAGAGAAGGAGCUAAACCAUCUGUCUUCAAUUUCCCAGCUCAUCUACAAAGACCAGUGUCAGUGAGGACAACAAAAACCUCAAGGAGGGCUGAAGAGAGCCUGUCAGUGGACUGUUCUCUGCAGUUCAAAGAGACUAGACCUCCGCCUAAUGUUGACCACUCCUAUGCAUUGCCAGCAGAUCCCACUGGUCUAAAGGCCAGACUCAGUGAAGCCUUGGCUAGAGUGGAGAGUCUGGAGAGGGACAUGAGGAACGUGAGGAAACGAGAACAAAGGGCAAAGAGUAUAGUACUUUCUCUUCUAGAGGAUCUGAGUGGAAAGAACGUCAUAAAUGAAGAGCUGGAACACAAGCUCAAUUUUUACUCUGGGAAAAUGAAAAUUCAAUAAAAUGUUGAACUUUA